AGAAGGUCUUCCUUCCAUGGCCCAGCGGCGGUAGGAGACCUUCGUCUACCCCCUCCAAGAGCCAUGUCGGCUCCGGCGACGCCCAAGCAAGGCGAGAAGCGGCCGUCGCAGCCCUCGCUUCCGGCAACUGCUGGUCCGUUGAUUUCCUUGAGCUUCAUCGACGCCCCUACUCAGCGCGUGUAUGCGGCGAGCAUCUUCGUCGCCUUGCAGACGUACAAGGUCGUCCAAUUGCUCAGCUUCAUCUUCUCGCCCUCGCUUUUCUCGUUGCUGGGCACCUUUGUCCUCAUCGAUCUCGCCUUCGUCGCGGUUGUAUCGAGGUUGAGGAUCCCGAGGCUGGACCUCUCGAGGGCGAAGUGGACCAUCGUCUUCGGUCUCUUGGCGUCCACGGACUGGAUCGUGCUCGGAGGAUGGCGAGUUCUGCUUUCCAGCCUGACUUAUGUCCCGCUCCUGGGAUGGCUGGGCGGCGCGCUCCUGGGGUCUUGGAGCGAUGCCUUCAACCGCCAAGUCGCCAUCAGCGAGCAUCGAGUCAGCAUCCGUGACCUCAUUCGCCCCACCAGCCACAUCUUUGGGCAGCACACCAUUCAUAUCCUGCCUUACAGCACUGCCACGCUGUCGCCCGCCUAUCUAUCCGUGCAGUCUGCCGAUGGCGGAGCGUCUGACGGCAAGGGCAAGCUGGCUUCUUCUUCUUCUUCUUCUUCGUCCUCCUCUUCGACAAGGUCCUCGCCGCUCUCUUCGUGCUUUUGCCUGGACCCCAGUAAUCCAAAAGCAGAGCUGUCGAUUCCUCUUGUCUUCAACAACACCGAGCCCCAGUUUGUCUCGUACAGCGUCACUCCCUUCGACGGGAGCGCCCCCCUGGUCUUCAACGUCACUAUCCCUCGUGGUGCCCUUACCAGGCUUGGGGAGGCCAACAAGGAGUGGCAGCGUGCAAGAGGAGAGGACGAGCUGGAUCUUGAGUUGGAUGAUCUGGAUGAUUAUCAGCAAGCAUCGAGUGGCGGAGGCGCCGGUAAUCGCGGCUCGGAGCUGGUCAGAAGGGACAAGCACCACCAGCAGCAGCAGCAGCAGCAACAGCAGCAGCAUCAGCAGCAACCACAUGCGAAGGCUGGCGCCACCAACGAGGCCACCCUUUUCCACCUGCCCAUCAAAAAUGUGGGCCGUGUACGGCUCGAGCGUGUCUUGGACAAGAACCGCUUCGAUGCGCGCUUGUCCAAGUCCGAGAUCAUGAUUGUCGAGUGUCCGAGCGCCGCUUUCAUCGACGGCACUCGAGCUGCAAGUGCACCCAAGGGUCGAAAGACCGACAUGUGUCCAGGCGACGAAGCCUCCCUCGACGUGCGAGUGCGAGGAUUGGCGCCUCUCAGACUUCACUACACACGUCAAUCGUCAUUACGAAGAGGGAAGGAGCCCUUAUCCAUCUCGCAUAUCUCGAGCCAUCACCAUGCCAGCCCCCUCGUGGCUCCCGAAGGUUCAAGCAUUGAUGCGGCUCAGCACCUCUCUGUCGCACUCCGCGGCGCGCCAAGCAAAGUGGACCAGAGCUUCUCGUGGGCACAGGCCAGAGAUGUCGACUUGCCCCUGACGCUGCAGCUGUCCGGUCCAGGUAUCUACGAGUACGAGCUGGAGAGCGUCAGCGAUGCUUGUGGCAACUCUUUUGAUGCGGUCGCCGCCGCGUCUUCGCCACGCACAAAAUUGACGCCUCAGAGCCGAAGUAGAACGGUCGAGGUGCACCCACGACCCAGUGUGCAGUUGCGAGGCUGCACAAGCGCGGAUCCGAUCAAGCUACUCAAGGGCAAGGGCGCAAAGGAGGUCGAGGUGCAGCUCAACGUCAAUGAUGCUGACGGAGGGCCAUGGUCUGCCCAAGUCCGUUUUGAUGGCGAGGACGCCGCCUCGUCGUGGCGAAAGAAUGUGACAAUCAACAGCUCAGAUAGCCGAGCCAAGCUCCCUAUUGAGAGGCCGGGAACCUACACACUCGAAGGUGUCAACGGUCGCUACUGCGCAGGUGAUGUGGGGGCGCCCUGGAUUUGCUCAGCCGUCGAAGUGCAGCCUCCGACGGCCAUGAUCGAAUUCGACUCGAUUCAGGAUCACUGCGCCGGUCCGGUCGGCGUCAAGGCUCUGGCCGUACUUUCAGGUACACCUCCCUUCCGACUGGCCUACACUGUACAGACGAAAGGAAGAGCCCCCGUGGCCCAAGAGAGAUACAUCGAGAGAACUCGCGACGAGAUCGAAUUUCGACCGAGCCAAGAGGGAGAGGUCACCUAUACCUUCACUGGCCUCUCGGACGCAAAUUACCGAGAGCGCAUCGCCUUGGAUGGACCGAAAUUCACCCAGAGUCUUCAUCCAAUUGCCAAGGCUCGCUUUGCUGGAUCCAGCUCCACUGAUGGCUCUGGCUCACUUGUGGUGCAGAGCUGCGAGGGGGAUCGUGCCCAGGCACAGGUCCUUCUCGAAGGCACAGGACCAUUUGAGCUGGUCUACUCGGUGCGCGACAGCAGCAUUGCCUCCUCAGGUAAAUCGAAAGAUAAGACGAGAAAAUCGAUGGAGCAGCACCGGGUGAAGGACAUCCAAACUGACAGGUACCUGCUCGAUGUUGAGCUGCCGUCUGCGCUGGCGAGGGAAGGUGGCAGGGCAACGAUUUCCCUGGUGAGCAUCAAGGAUGCCAAGGGCUGCGAGCGAGCUUUGACGACCGACGACCUCAACAUCGACGUUCGCCGCACGAGGCCCACAGUGGGUUUCGCUGCAGGUGGGCAACUCGCCACGUCUUCGAUCCUCGAAGGCGGCUCCGUCGAUGUUCCCAUUCGACUGACGGGAGAAGCGCCUUGGAAAGUCAAGUACACUGGGCCUGAAGAGGGUUCCAAAGCCCAAGAGGUCACGGUUCAGAGGCCAGAGGGCAUUCUUCGAUUCAGCCAGGCGGGCAGCUAUAGGAUUGUCGGCGUUACGGAUCGUCACUGUCCAGGCGAGAUCGCCACGGACAAGGCCGCCCACACGGUUUCGGUCCGACCGAGACCUAGCGCCCGCUUCUUACUAGAGUCCAUUCCGGGUUUGUCCAACGAAAGUGCCACCCUGGUCCGACCACCGGUCUGUGUGGGGGUUCCUGACGCCGUCGAGGUUGGUUUGGCCGGCCAAUUCCCCGUUCGCCUUACAUAUAGUCAUCAGCCGCCCAAUGGAAAGUCCAAGCAGUCGGAUACCUUCUCUUCGGCUCAGGACGUGGCGACGAUCCAGCUCGAUACAAGCCGGUGGGGAGAGCACACGUAUGAACUCGAGGACAUUGGUGACGCCAUCUAUCGAGAAAGUGCUCGGCUCAAGGGCGGACGAAUGCUUAAACAACAAGUCCAUCCCCUUCCUCAAGCGAGCUUUUCGAAGGAAAGCCAGAGAGGUGCAGCACAUGGGCAAGCCCUAAUCAAGAAGGGCAGCGGGUCAUCGGCUAAUGGGAAGGGGCAGGACAGACCUACCUUCUGCGUUGGCGACACUCUAUCACAAAAUGGCAAGGGUGAUGGAACUAAUCAGGACAGGAGGUCAUCAUCGAAGGGUGGGGAAACAUCAUCGACCUUGCCCAAGCUCUCGUUGUCCGGAACGCCACCAUUUGAGGUGGAAGUGGCCAUCUAUGACGACGCAUCUUCCAUCACAGCGCCACGCUUCAAGAUCCAUAAGGCUGGUCUGAGUGCCUCCGAGGUUGAACUCGGCUCGCUGAUGGAUCUGGAUGCUUUCACCUUCGACCGGACAGGCAGAUGGAAUGCGGAGGUGGUCCGAGUCAAGGAUGGAAACGGGUGUGAAUUCUCAUACGUGGAUCAGGCUGGGUCAACGGCAGCGCCAGGGAAGCAGGAGGAAGAGGACGAUGGAAUCGUUGCAAGAGCUGGUGGCGCGGUCGGACGGGGCCAGCAACCCUCCCAAGGCGGUGGCUUGGAGAUCGAUGUCGUGGAGACGGCAAGUAUCGUCAGCGUCGGGACGAGGACAGACUAUUGCAUUGGCGAGUCCGUCGAUUACAUCCUUCAAGGUAGACCGCCGUGGAGGGUCAACUACCGAUUCGACGGACGACAGUCGCAAGCCGUCGUGCGAGAUGUUGGCGGACUGUUCUCUCGCGUGGCCGAGCAGGCUGGUGUUCUGGACAUCGAAGAGGUCGCACCAUUCCAACAGGCGAACUACCGCUGUGGCGUCCGCUUCGAAGAAGGGGAGGAGAGAAGACGUCGAUUGCAGAAGGUUGUUCACCCUCUGCCUACGGUCAAGGUGCACGGAGGUAUGCACUUUGUCGAAGAUCUCCGCGAAGGCAGUCAAGCCGAGAUCGUCUUCACGCUCCAAGGCACGCCUCCCUUUGCUUUCACCUACCAAAGGACCCAGCCCGCCGAUACGGUGCGCAGGCCACGGGUGCUCGAGACCCACACAGUGACGGGCAUCGAGACGGACAGGUACAGUCUCUGGACGAGCAAGGAAGGCACGUGGAGUGUCACUUGGCUGCAGGACAGAUGGUGCUCUGUCAGCCUUGACGACGUAGGCAACAUGAAGGGCCAAGGCGUCGGCAGCAACGACGACGGAAGCGGUGGCAGACAGAGACGGAGAUUGACUCGGUGAUCAUACUCUGCCUUAAUGACACAAAUGUAAAAGAACUUCAUAUUUCAUCUAAGUAAUGAUGGGUCGGUGUAUCAGUGUCAUCAGCGAAU